UGUGGGCGUAAACAAAAUUGGAAACCAAGGCGAAGGCUUGUCACGGAUGUCAUUAUUGUCAUUAUUUGAGUGAAUCGGCACUCAAUGAGCAUUUUUAUGCCUAAACUCGUCAGUUCCAUCUGAUAGAAGCAAUCGGUGGAAAAUGUCUUACCUUAAUCCACCCACGAAGCCUCCGAGAGGAGUGAAGCAACCUAGAGAAUCGAGUGGCUUGCUCAUGUCUGUAAUCAGAACCCUUUCGGCCAGCGAGUCGAACGAGCAGCGGGACAGAGAAAAGGCAAAACUUGAAAAGGAGUACAAGAAGAGUGACAAGCGACUGGACGAGCUGGUGUCUGUCCAUGAUGAGGACCUUAAUCAAGUUAUGCAAUCAUUUGACAAAAUUUCAACCAAUGUCUUGGCUUCGAGAGACAAAAUACGAUCUGUCAAAGAAAACUUGAUUGCCUGUAAAAUGCUGCUUAGAUGCAAAAGAGAGGAGCUGAAAAAACUGUGGCUGGAAGGUGUUGAGCAGAAACACACGCUUUUUCUGCUUGAGGAGAUAGAUAAAAUCCGAGAUGUGCCUUCAAAAAUAACCGGACAUAUUUCCAAGAAGCACUAUUUGCAUGCAACUCAACUAUUGGUGAAAUCGCUGACCAUGGCCAGUGGAAGUCUGAAAGACAUUGGCGCCUUAACUGAUGUCUUUGCGGAAUUGCGAAAUAAGUCAAAGCAACUCAACUCUGUAUUGAUGAAUGAACUGAGCCAGCAGUUGUACAGAAAUCCGAGUAAGCAGGCAGAGGUGCUCAGAAGGCAAGGAUCAGGUUUGAGAGGUUCAGGACGGGCAAAAGCUCCACCACCCAUGAAGAAGGGGGUUGAUAUAGGGCCACAAAUGCAAGUUUUGUCUCCAACGUCUCACCCUGAUGAGGCAUAUUCUAGUCUCUCGGAAGACCUCAACAAUGACAACCCUGACCAAGAACCCGAGAGAUUUGUUUCAAUAUUGGCGGAGUGCUUGGCCCUAUUAGGAAAACUACCUGAAGCAAUUGAGACUCUGAAGAUGUCAAUGCAAAUAGAGUUGGCUGCUGUAGUGAACCAAACAUCUGCUCAGCUUUGUUCAUCUGGGUUAUUUCAACAGGGCAAUGCUAUGCUUCUCGAGUUGCUCUCCACCCUCUUUGACCAAUUUAGGGCCAUUGCUGCCACUCACUCGUCGGCAAUACAGAGCCUUAGAAGGGCGGCUGAAAAGUACAAAGUUGAAACUCGGUUUUAUGAAGUUACGGAAGUGUGGUCCAACAUUCAAGUUGUCCUUGAGCAACUCCUUGAAAAUUACCUGGACAUGCAAAAUAAUUCUGGAAAGGAGAUGCAGCCAGCUGCUGUUUUCAACCAAGCUGCAACACAUGACCUGUCUGCCUUUUUUGCCAGACGAAAACCUCAAAAGCCUAAACGAGCAACAUUGUUCAAAUUUGAUUCAUCUGCUAAAAGUUUUGGCAGUCCUCAAAGAGAGUCCACGCAAAACUCGCUUAGCAAUGCAAAGAACAUGGUAUGUUCCCCAAAUGCUAACAACAUCACCACCAUCUUCAUACCUCUGAUGAAAUUUGUGGAAGAAAUUGAGCAAGCCACUGGAAUGCAUGCUGUUCGGAAUCCUUGCCACAUGCGAGGCUUCUUGAAGGAGUUUGUAGACCAAGAUUUUGUCCCGAGACAACAGAUGGCCGUAGCUAACAAAAUUGAUCAAGUGACAAGAGUCUCGGACGCUUGGAAAGCAAUCACAAGUGCAGACCAAACCACAGAAAUGAACCUUAUCCGGCCACUUCUCCAGAGUUGUGUUAACGUCGAAAAAUGUGUUCAGGAGCUGCGGAAAACAAUGGGCGCCCUUCCCACUUACUCUGAGCUGUUCUUGGCCGUCAUGUGCAACAGGCUGACAGGGUACAGAGAAACUUGUCAAGCAGCAUAUCGAGGAAUUGUGCAGCCAGACGUUGAGGAUCGAAAAUUUGUCAGCGUCGACUGGCUCAAUGACGACGAUAUAAGUCGGUGCCUCAAGUUCUUGCCCAACUGGGUGGACCUGCAGAAGCAGAGGAAAGCCAACCAGCAGUUAAAUCGUAAUGGCAGCGUUGAAGAAGAGCACCCUGAUGACAUCAAACAGAAAAAUCUGCAAGAAGCUGAGAUACUUGUCAGAAACUUUGGCGGUCGCGCAAUUUUGUCUCAUGAAAUUUUGUCUGACAUGUCCCAGUUGAAAAGAUUAGCCCAACUGCAGGAAAGCAUGGAGUGGUUUGCUUCAAAAUUAUCGGAAAUGGCUUCAGGUUUGCCAAAGAUGAAUCCUGGUGCCACUACACAUUCCAUUCCCGUAGGGGAAAUUCCACCCAUGCAACCAAAGAAUGUAGAAGACUUAGAAAGAUUGGCCCAAGAGUUUGAAGAGUUGUCAAACACUUGCUUAUUGAUUCUUCAUUUAGAAAUUAGAGUACAGUGCUUCCACUAUUUGCUGCCGGGAGGUUAUUCGAUCAAGACUGUAAACGGCAUCACUAGUUCGGAGGACCUUGAGCCUCGAGUUCUUCAGUUGAGUAGAGCUGUGAAUGUUUUUGACGAAGCGCUCAGCUCAACUAUUCAACCAAAUAAGGCAAAAUAUGUUUUUGACGGAUUGGGCCAUUUGAUAUCAAAAAUUCUUAUCACAUCGGUUCAAUACACAAACCAAUUGGACGAGCCAGGAGUACAGAAAAUUUGCAGAAACAUACUUUCUCUUCAACAAACUCUUGCCUCGGUUACCAUGAGUCGAGAAGUUGGCCUCGAUCACGCUCGCCACUACUUUGAGCUGUUUUACAUGACCCCAGAGGAGGUGCUUGUGACUGUGAUGGAAAAAGGACCUCAAUUCCAAGAACUUGAGUACAUCAAUGCUCUCCAGCUUCUGCACAGGAACCGUGGUGACUCGCCCACCACCAUCAACGAGCAUCUCAAACGGUUGUCUGAUAUUAUGCGAAACAUGGGAGUUACUGUUUAGGAUGUAUUAACUUUACUAGAGCCUUAACCAACUUCCAAUUUUCAAAGUGAUACACUUGUGACAAGUAAUAAAUUUCAGAGAGAAAAUUCUGAGGAGUUGUAACGUUAUGACCACGACUGAAUUCUCAUUUAUGUACCAUCUAAAUUUUUUUAUAAAGCUUUAAUAAAAAACA